AUCAAGUGAUGAGUGUUUGUAUUUCUGAUGCUUUGAGGCCAGCUCACAACCCUCCCUCCACGUAAUAUUCAGGAUGUUUGGGAAGGGGUAUUUUGCUUUUAAUAGGGUGGCGUAGUCACAAAGCUUUAAAGAAAUAAGUGAGUGAAUCGUCUGUGGUAAUAGCACCAUACUCCGGACGGGGCACAGUGACGAAGUUCACAUCUAUUUUUAAGCCUGCCUGGCAGCAUGUAGGUGCAGAACAGAGCCCACGACCCUGUUUGCUGUUCUGCAGCCAUGGACAUGGCUGCUGUCUCUGUUCCAGUUCACCAUCUGAGCUGUUUUUUCUGCCUAACGAAUACUAUGGGAAGACAGAGAAGCCUCAAGCUGUUUUGAAGAUUGUGCAAUGAUGCUUGGGAGCCUACCUGCUUUUGCUUGAGUGCUUUCCUCACUCAUAUUUCACAGGAUGCGACAGGAAGGGAAAUACAAUCGAAUCCGACGGCCGUGGUAAAUUUGACUCGAAUUCUUCGUAUGCCCUGGGGCUGAGUUAAUUCGUUCAGCCGAGGCGAUUUCAUGCCAGAAUGCAAUCCUCAAACAAGAAGGACGAUUGCUCUGCCUAUGGCACGCAUAUGCAUGGUGCCUGCCCGGCAGAUCGGCUGCUGCGACAGAGAGCCAUGAACCACCCCAGACACAUGGGCAAGAUAAAGAAGAGGCUGGAGGAUAUCAAGAACCAGUCCCUGAAGUUGACAAAAGUGGACUUCAGCCACAACGAAAGCAUCAGAUUGGCCACCGACGCCUUCUUGGAUGGUGGGACAGACUCUUACCUGGAAACUCUAAGCAAAGAGGGUGAGGUGGAUUUCCUCUCCUCGGUGGAGGCUCAGUACAUCAAGGAUAACGCCCGCGAGUCUUUCUAUGCACAGGAGUCCCCGGGCGCCGACGGGGCAGCCGCGCCGAAGCAGAACGACGCCGGCUCGCUGCCGUCGGGGACCUACUUCCCCACCAUUUCUGACAGCAGCGAGCCGGCUCUGCUCCACACGUGGAUUACUGCAGAGAAACCCUAUUUGAAGGAAAAAUCCACGGCCACUGUGUAUUUCCAAACAGAGAAGAACAGCAACAUUAGAGACAUCAUACGCCGCUACAUCCACAAGACCACUCAGGUGUUGGCCAUUGUGAUGGAUGUGUUCACAGACACUGAGAUUCUCUGUGACCUGCUGGAGGCAGCCAACAAGCGCAUGGUCUUUGUUUACCUGCUGCUCGAUCACAGCAGCGUAGAUCUCUUCUCGGAGAUGUGCGACAAGCUGCAGAUUUCUGAGGAUCUCUUCAAGAAUAUUUCAGUCCGCAGUGUUACUGGAGAGGUUUACUGUGCCAAGUCAGGCAGGAAAUUUUCAGGAAAAAUUCAAGAAAAAUUUCUUAUCUCUGACUGGAGAUAUGUGCUUUCUGGAUCUUACAGCUUCACGUGGCUCUGUGGCCAGGUGCACCGCAACCUCCUCUCCAAGUUCACGGGCCAGGUUGUGGAGCUGUUUGACGAGGAGUUCCGGCACCUGUACGCGCUGUCCAAGCCCGUGCGCGGCCCCCGGACGCCGCCGCGCAGCCUCCCGUUCCUGUUCAGCCGGAGCUGGGCGCCCCCGCGCAGCCUCCCCUACAGCGAGCAGGGCAGCGCCAACACCCUGUCCGACUUCAGCAGCCUCUCGGCCGGCAGCGCCCACCAGAGCAAGCAGGGCCCCAGAACGCUCAUGUUCAACAGCAACUUCAGCCCGCAGUCACCUCUGCAGCGAGUCAAUUCCUUCCACAGCUACAUGUCCUUCACUCCGCCCCCUCCGCAGCCUCCACAGCAGGCCAUCCAGCCUAACUACUACCAGCCGCACUACAUGGCCACCGAGAACGCCACCGCUCCCUAUAACAACAUGAACAUGAACAUUUACAGACCUAUAAGGCUCAGGCAAGAGGAACCGAACAGGACGGGGUUAAGCUCAUCCUGGAGAUGCCUCCACAAAGCUAACCUGUUUGCAUAAUAACCACCUUGUUUGGAAAUCCAAGUAAAUGUAGUGAGGACCUGUUUAGCAAUCACUUGUGUACUGAUGAAUAUAGAAAUUCUGUAUAAUACCAAUGAGGAUGAUUUCAAGCCUCUUGUUUUGUUGCUUAUGGAUGCUUCAUUUCCCUGAUUAAAAAGCCAAGGCUGCUAAUGUGUGAACCUCAGGUGCAUCAGGAUCCCAGGAAGAGCACAUCUGAAUAGUGCUGCUCACACACUGCUGCUGCCUGUCACCCGCCCCUGGUGGCAUAUUCGUGUACCAGAAGGACAGUAACUGUUCCUUAUGUCCAGGCAACUGAAAGGGGGCAAUGCACAGUUUACAGCUAUGCAUUUUGUACACUUGAAUAAGGAGACUGAAGGCUGCUAUUUGUGGCAGCAGCAGGAUACCUUUGUGCUCUCAUCAGACGUUGAUCUUGAUUUAUGAGGGACUGUUUUUGGGCUGGCGGGGAAGCACAGGUCCUGCCACAGCACUCAGAGCUCUCUCAUUGAGCUGCACAGCAAGGAUGGCUGUUCCCAAGGAUUCUUAGGAAGGGGCCUGGUACCCUUGGCACGGACUGAGAGUGACAGUUCUGGCUGUGGGAGACACAUUCACCCCACGUCCAGUUCCACUCAUCAGCAACACGGGUGUGUCCCAGCACAGCUGGUUACAAAUCUCCAAUCCUACAGCUCAGAGCAACUUUCCUUAUGCAGAGCACAUGUGAAGGUUCAGACUGGAAAAUGAAGCUGAGUUAAAGAAGCAAAGUCCUGCUAGUAACACACCAGGACUGAGUUCCAGUUCUUUUAAUUGCACAUGGAUCUUUGAAAUCCUUUCUGUGGUCAUCUGAUUGAAGGUGAAGUUAGAGAUUCUGCCAAGUUCUUCAUGGCCUCUAAUUUUUAAAGAUAAACUGGGUGUCUGUAGUGCCCAUGGACUAGAGUUACAAAGGUUCAGCAGUAUGAACCAAACCUGAAGAACUUUCUGCCAAAAAAUCCAUGAAAACUAAGGAAGCUCUUGUAAGCAAAAGUAAGAAAAUUCAUGAAACAAAGGAUUUCUAUCCAAAGUUACCAAGAUGCCUAACAGCUGUUGAUUUAUCAGUAGAUUUUUUUGUUCCACACCUGCUUUGAAUCAUUUUUCAUAUGCCUCCAACAGAAAAGAGAACCCUAAACACAUUUGCACUUCUGGCCUGUUUUUCCUGACUUUUCACCUGCUUAAAAAGGAAUACAAUUUAAUUAUGUAGACUGUGGAUGAUGGUAACUGUAUGUGAAGGUGUAGAAGGUUUUUCAUCCUUGGAAGAGCAAUAAUUUUGGAAGGAUACCUGUAAAGUUUAAAGAACAUUAUGAAAGGUACAGGAUGGACACAUCCUGCUCUAGCUUCAGUAUGGGUGUUUUAACCAGUAAUACCAAAUUUUGGAGUCCAUAAUAAUAAUCAACUAUUGCAUACAAAUGUAAAUUCUGUACAUAGCAACAUUUUUUGGAUUCCUUGGGGAGAAGGGAAAUUUGAUUUUCAUUCCUAUGAUAAUUCUACUUAAUUAUCUGAAUAGAGCAAGAAUUUAAAUAAAAGAGAAUACUUUUUUCUUCA